GACGGCUUCCCGACUGCGACUGAGCGCUUUCGGUACCGCUGUGCCCACUGCAGUAUGCCGCUGUUUCUCAGCUUUCCGCCACGAUCCCUCCGUGAGGUCCUCGCUAAGAAGAGCGCUCCGCCGGCACCGCUGUGCCCUCAGCCCGACCCUUCUCUGCCCCUCUCCCCGCACACGACGGGCGCAGUCCCGCACCUCCGCGCUGCUACGGAAGAAAGAGAGCGGCUGAGCCCUUCCCCGCCCCGAGAGGCGACGGUCCAGCCGGGAGAUGAAGAAGUCCGAGCGCAACGGGCUCCCAGAACAGGACAGGCAGAUCCCAGCUCCACCAUCCAACACUUCCAUGAGAUGGCAACAGGAGAGCAACAACCACAUUCCCCACAGCAGGAAGCAGAGCUGUUCUGCCCAGGAGAUGAAAACCAGCAAUCCCAAUGGGGCUGCAAAUGGAACGUGGGCAGAAGGAGAGCCACCCUUUUGCUCUUUGUGAGUGGAGUGCUGGUGGGUGUCAUCGUCACAUUGGUGUUUGAGAGAGCUCCCAGAACAGGACAGGCAGAUCUCAGCUCCACCAUCCAACACUUCCAUGAGAUGGCAACAGGAGAGCAACAACCACAUUCCCCACAGCAGGAAGCAGAGCUGUUCUGCCCAGGAGAUGAAAACCAACAAUCCCAAUGGGGCUGCAAAUGGAACGUGGGCAGAAGGAGAGCCACCCUUUUGCUCUUUGUGAGUGGAGUGCUGGUGGGUGUCAUCGUCACAUUGGUGUUUGAGAGAGUGCUCCAGCGUCCGUCGUUCUCACCUCGCCCACCCUUCUCCCACGUGUGCCCCAACGCCUCAAUCGGUUUCCAAGGGAAAUGCUAUUAUUUCUCGGACACGGAGAGUGAGUGGAACAGCAGCAGGGAGCACUGCCACCGCCUCGGAGCUUCCCUGGCCACCAUAGAGACGGACGAGGAGAUGGAAUUCAUGCUGCGGUACCGGGGCCCAGCAAACUGUUGGAUUGGGCUGCACAGGGCAGAAGGGGACGAGCACUGGACAUGGGCCGAUGGCAGCGCCUUCACCAACUGGUUUGAGCUGCGAGGCGGAGGCCAAUGUGCGUACCUGAAUGGGGACAGGAUCAGCUCAGCCCUCUGCCACAAUGAGAAGUUCUGGGUGUGCAGCACUGCUGACAGCUACGUCCGCUGGAAGCAGAAGGCAUUCCCAGAUUAACCGAUCCCAUCAGCAUUGAGGUCGUUGCAAGGCUGCCGGGCACUGUAAAGUCAUCGCAGAGGAUGCACUGAAUCCCACAGUGUCUGUUGGGGCUGAAGGGGUUGAAGAGCAGCCCGUUGUGAGAAGGAGCCCCAGGGGACAGCGCUGACAGCACCAGCACCUGGAGAUGGAGCUGCAGAGAGCUCAGAGUUACUUCUGGGGACAGAUUUCAGGUUUUGGAUAAAGAGAUUUCUGCUCAUA